UGUAAACCUGUUUUAUUGUUCUAAUAAAAUCUAAUUUUACUUUCGCAGAUUUCAUCGAAUGGAAUUCAGUUGCGAAUGACAGAAGUGCGAGACGUAUUAUUUACUCAUGAGUGAAAAAAUCUUGGGAAUGUGUUAAUAACCAUCUUGGGAGUUAUCACAAAGACGACUGGACCUAAGAAAACAUCGCAUUUAUCAAUUGCAGAUGAAUCUCAACAUCGACUCACCUCCACUGAACCACCCCAAAGUUCCCACCCUCCGCCGAAAGAAAUCCUCCCGAAAUUCCGUAGCCACCAUGUAGUACCACCCGUCCCAGCCCCUCCAAAAAUGAUCGCUCACUUCAUAACCGUGACCUCAAUCCGUCGAAAAUGUCUGAUAAUCCUGCUGUUGAUACUCAUCCCAUGCACCGUCCUGAACCUCCUCUCCUUCCCAGACAUGGGAGAGGAGACAGCCCUGCAGAACGGCAUAGCUGAGCUGCAGGCAAAGCUCGAGCAUCUCCAAUCGAAAUACGUAAACACCCGGGAGGAGAUAAACCUCCUUUCCCACCAGCUCCUCCUGAUGACUGAAAACUCCCACGUGCUUCCUGAUCUCCAAUUCAUGAUGCUGAAUGGCACCUCAAACCUGACAACCAUCAAACUCCCCACGAUCUACAACUUCCUGCCACAUUUCUUGAACGAUCCCAACAGUCUGAGACCAGCUUUUCUGCAAAGCAAGGGUCGAACUGGUGUGAGUAUGGUACUGGGAGUUCCCACGGUUAAGAGAGAGGUCCAGAGUUACCUUCUAGCUACUCUCAAGAACCUGGUGGACAGAAUGACCCCGGAGGAGGCCAUGGACACUGUCAUAAUCGUGAUGGUGGCUGAAACUGACCUCGAAUACGUGAGCUACGUAGCCAAACAGAUCGAGGUGCAGUUCCCGAUAGAGUCCGAGAGUGGACUCAUAGAAGUGAUAUCUCCGUCGCCCUCUUACUACCCAGAUUUAUCAAAAUUGAGGGACACUCUGGGAGACGAUCACCAGAGAGUUGUCUGGAGAUCCAAGCAAAACCUGGACUUUGCAUUCUUAAUGUCUUAUGCUCAGACUAAGGGGACCUUUUACAUUCAGCUGGAGGACGACAUCCUGGCCAAGCAGAACUUCAUCACCACUAUGAAGUCUUAUGCACUGCAGAAGAUCAGUCAGAAGGAGAACUGGUUUGUCCUAGAUUUUUGCCAGCUAGGAUUCAUCGGCAAGCUGUUCAAGUGUGUGGAGCUGCCCUGGUUGAUCCAGUUUUUUCUCAUGUUUCAUAAUGACAAGCCUGUCGACUGGUUGCUAGAUCAUUUGAUUACGAAUAAGGUCUGCAGUCUUGAUAUGGAUCCCAAGCACUGUAAGAUGGCUAAGGCGGAACUCUGGCUGCAUUACAAACCCUCGUUGUUUCAACACAUUGGGACACACUCGUCUUUGAAGGGGAAGGUGCAGAAGCUGAAGGACAAACAAUUUGGGAAGAUUACCAUGUUUUAUGCGCAUGACAAUCCUGAUGCUACGGUGGAGACCAGGAUCAAACCGUAUAAACAGUAUACGCUUAAUAAAGCGUAUAGGGGUGAGAACUUCUUCUGGGGACUACUGCCACAACCUGGGGAUCAUCUCAAGUUUAAAUUCAAACAUCCUAUUUUUGUGAAGAAAUAUUUAUUUAGGAGUGGUAAUCCAGAGCAUCCCCUCGACAAAUUUUAUAAUACAACAGUUGAAGUACUUCCCGAGGCUUCAAAGUUCGUCAAUAGAAAUAGCAAUGAUGUCACUGAGGAUGGUUACAUCAUCAUAGGUAAAUUUGAUAGUCUUGGACUGGCCCAAGGAACAGUUGACAGGAAGUACGGAAAAAUAUCCGUUCUGAGAUUGACAGUACACAGUGAAAGUGAAAAUUGGGCAAUUCUGUCUGAGAUUCAAAUAGUUGAGGAUCAAACGAGUUGACGGUCACCAGGGAGUGGAGGAAAAUAUUAUCGCUUUCAAGUGCAUUAACAACUGAUGGAAUUAAAGAAUUUAAAGUACCUGCCAAACUGAAAAAAGUGAAAAUCACUGCGGAAAAAUAUCGUUCACAACUAGUGACAUGGGUUUUUUUUUACUGACGAGGCGAGGAAAUGGGAAAGGCGAGUGCGAUAGGAAAAAGCCCAUGACACUCACCUUGAAAUAUACUAUUUCAAUUUUUUUUUCAAGCAUUUUUUGACGCGUUCCACACGAUUGCAACUGUUUUAGACGAGAUAAAAAAAAGUAUGCGAAUCUCUGUUGAUGAAACGCGUAACCAUAUUUUGUCAUAUGCAAAUAAUUUUUAGUCCACAGAAAAUCAUCUAUAACUUUGAAUCCGAAUUCGUGGGCAAGAUUUCGUGGAAUAUCCCCUAUAAUUCUUUUUUUAAAUGUAGUCUAUGUGGAUGAACUCUAUCGAAAAAUACCUGCCAAACUGAGCAAUGAGGAGGAGAAAUUCUGACCUGUUUAUUUAUACAUUGAACAGAAUAUUAUAUAAAUUUUUAUCACAUCGACAGAACAUCAUUUGUGCUUCUCCUUAAGGUAUUUACCAACUGUUAUUGUUAUAUUUAUAGUUUAAAUAUGAUAUAUUUUUUGACUCCCACAAGAUUUGCUAAACAUGAGACCUGAAUACCAGCAGAAAAUACUGCAUCAUUCGUGCAGCAUUAUUUAUCCUUUCAAAGUAUUUUUUUCUGCUUAUUUAAAUGAAUAUUAAUAUAUAAUGAUGUGAUUAGUGUGGCAAAGAGUU